GAUCUUUGCAUAUGUGCAAGCGAUGACCUACUUUUUAUACAUCGAGGGGACUUUUUAACUCGAACUAUUUCAUCACAUCAUGGUGGACGUAGAAAGAUUACAUCACGGCUAAUUUUGCCACUCGAUACUCAGGGGUAAUGUCCGUAAUAUGUGGCGCUGAAAUUACCGUAAAUUUAAAAGGCCGUCAGCUGAUCUGCGGUUUAACAGUGGUGACCUUCACUUUGAAAACUGACAGGCUAAUAUGUGGGUUGGAAAAUACAAACAGAUUGUAUAUCUGUGCUACCAAUGUAUCCCUUGAAACAUAUUUUAUUAGAUGAAUUGGCUUUGACUCAUCUAAUAUUAUACCAGGCAGAGGACUUUAUACUUGCCACAAUGUGACCAUUACGGUGUCAAAUUCCACAAAAUUGGCUAAAUAUGGAAUUCUUCACUACAGUAAUUUUCGCUGCUAGUUGAAGAAAAAAAGAAGAAGAAAACAAUAGAUGAGAAGUAUGAAAUUUGAGGGGUUGAUUGCUGAUGAUGGAUGUGCUUGAAGAGAAUGUCACAGGCUCCGAGGAGUCACCAGUCAAGAGACCCAUGAAUGCUUUCCUGAUAUUUUGUAAACGUCACCGAAGUGUUGUGAAGGAGAAGCAUCCAAACUUGGACAAUCGCAGCAUCACCAGGAUACUCGGCGAUCUCUGGGCCAAGUUAGACAGCCACGAAAAGAAAUUAUACACAGAUCUUGCUAAACAGUACAAGGAAGCCUUUAUGAAAGCCAAUCCAGAUUUUAAAUGGCACAAUCCUGGAAAGAUCACAGAAACUACAUCUAAACCUGUAACACGGCCGUCAAAUGCCAGAGUAGUUGUCCAAACCAAAAGAAGCAGUUCUGGGUUUGCCGAGCAGGAAAGCGAUGGCGGUAUGGAAGUUCAAGGUCAUGUGGUGCAAGGUCAGGGUCAGGAAGGUGAGAUGUAUGAGGACGUCAACGACAACCACCCCAAUAGUAUUACAACAGGAAAAUUUAAACUAGCAGACCCUGUCAACAUGGGAGGGUUGAAUUUGCUCUUAGCAGCAACACAGCAGGGGAAAUCCCCACCAGGUGGGAGCACCAAACAAGACAAUACAGACAGCAAGCCAAAUGAAGCCCUAAUGGAACUUGCUGAGAUGUGUUCAAGUAAACUACACCAUAGGGAUCCCAAGGCUGCCGAUCACCUGACCGCUACAAUAACCAAUCAAAUGAAGACUAUCUGUAUGCUGUCCAAUGAUAAAGAUGCAGUAGAGAUGGCUUCUGUGGUUCAGAAUCAAAUAGCGCGGGAACGGUUCCUGAAUGAAAGAAAGGAAUACAGUCUGGCAAAUGUUGAGGGGAAGAAAGUUGUUAAUUCUGUUAUUGAGCAGCUUUACCUAAGUCACCAAAACGGCAAUCUUCCGUCUCAGGAGACACACUUUCAACAGGGUGAGAGUUUCUUCGGAAACAAGGCGAAUGCCAGGUGUAAUGACAUGAACACCAAUAGUCAUUCUAACGGAAUCUCUGAGAGCUUGAUCAACAACAAUGUUCUGUCUCAGUCCUCGAUGUCACUGGAUGUCGAUAGCAGCGAAAGCUCCCAACAUUCUGAGGCGCACGCUGAGACUGAAAAUGAGGCCAGUAACAAACCACCAAAGAUGACAUUUUCAGAUGACCAGGCUGGAUUUUGUGAUGAGCUACAGGGCCCACAGAGCAGCUGGUCGGCAAUGUUGUUUAAGACAAAGUCCCAUGAGUUGCUCUCGUCCAUAGAUGGCAGCACAGUGCAAGACAAGCACAGCAGGAGGUCCUGGGCUGCCCCUGAGAGGCCACAAAGCAGUGAGAAUCUUACUCCCUGCCCGAGGGCUGAAGAUGAGUCACCCCCACUCAAGUUAACAAGGAGGAGGAACAUGUCUGAAUCUGACAAACUGGACAGGGCCAGAAAGUACAAAACUGGUACGUUUGACCUGGAAGCUCAGAUCGCUAGUUUACCAGCCUGCUCCAUUGAUGAUCUCAGCCGACGAAGGUCUAAGUCAUUCUCACUUCGAAAACGCCACCACAGUGAAGGCAGUAAACGCCACUCUUAUGGAGAACUUACAAUAGAACGUGCCUCGAGUCUUUGCGAUGUGAAGAUCUCAACAUUUGCUGGAGGUCGUCUUGAACCAGUGGCUCCAUCUUCUUUGGUGGGCAGUCAGAAGCGCAAGGCCAGGAAGACUUCUAUCACACACUUAGUGCCAUUUGGUCAAACAGAGGAGGAGGAAAGGGAAAAAGAAACCGGGCUGACAAGUAUAUUGUGCAAUCCCAACCAGACCAUUCUCAAGGUCCCAGGUGCUGGGUCACUGCGUCCUGGUGCUGCACCAUUGGUGGCUAUUCCUGGCGCUAAUGACCAAUCCCUUCCCUCAGACGAUGCUCUUACAAGUAAGCCAGGCAGCUCUGGAGGAGGAAAAGAAGACUUGACCAUGGUUAAUGUUUCCACAGGCAUAGCUGAGGUUCACUAGUGUCAGGAUAAAAAAAUGUGAAAAUGAUAUCUUCAUGCAGAGAUAGAGAUUGUCGUCACCCACCAGCUGGGGACUAGUCAACUUAAUUUUGAAGUAUUAGCAGCCUAGUGCAAGGACUUGCAAUAAAUUUUUUAGUAGCAGGUAGAAAUGGGUUGAGUAAUUAAUGAAUUCCUAAAAAAUAACUAUUAAAUCUGCUGCCUAUGAGCCCUUAGGGUAUCUGAAUCAUACCCAUCUGCCUGUCAGUAAAUGGUCGAAAAAUUGUCUGACUAACCUCUCUGGCAGAUUUCAUUUAGUUUCGUGGCACUCACACUUGCACAAUGAUCUUGUGCAUAUUAUUUCAAUAUCCAUUUUCCCAUUUUAAAAACUUUUUAAACCAAUUUUUGAUAUUUAACAUAUGAAUCUUCAGCAUCUUGCCUGGGUGUAGAAUGGUCUGCACAGUUUUUGUUCUCAAAUUUCAGAUCCAUAAACCUCUGAAAAAGCAUAAAAAGUUUCAGAAUAGUGAACUUUUGAGAAAUUUAACCUAAGGCCAGUUAGCUUUCAUGCAGAUUUUUCUCCUCCUGCAAUUUUGAUCAUUUUGAAGGAGAGUUUGCCACACAUAAAUUCUAUAACAUGUAGCGGGGGCAUGAAGGAAUUUCCCCCCUCUGUCUGUGUGUCCAUAUUUGACAAGGGGUAUUUGUCCAGUUCUAGUGGACAGUUCUAGUAGUUUUUAAUAUAAUUGUAAAAAUUCGUCAAGUGUAUGCAGCCGACUGAGCACUUCCUGUAGACAGUUGGUCACAGGUUAGAACUUUUUUUAGACCAGAGAAAGGGACUUAUUAUAUUUAAUCCACAAUUAUGAUAAAUUUAUUAGAGUUGUAGAAUGCUAUCCGGCAACAUGAAGUAAUUAAGCUCGUGAACUGCAAAAGACUUGUAUGGUGCAUUUGUGAAAAAUGCAUGAUGGUUAUAAAAAAUGUGAAUACAAAUUUAAUAGAGACACAGUUAUGUCUUACUUUAUACUGAGUAUUAUUACUGAAUAGCUUAAUGCCAUUUGAAAUGAUUAAGACUAUUUAAGAAGGCAUUUUGUUUUUAAUUUGAAUGGCAUUUUGUGCCAUUUCAAUGGGAAUUUUAACUGGAAGGGAGAAAAGUAUAAUAGUAUUUCUAGACAACUCUCAUUUAUAAAUAUUCUAAAAUGAAUAUAUGAAAGUAGUAGUUUUGUUGAUUGUGUAAACCCAGCAGAUCAUGUAAUUGUAUUCCUAGUCUUGCUUUCAAGGAUCUUCAAGUAGAUGUCAGUUUCAUUUAUUGGGGCUUAUUUUGUUUCAUUGGCUAAUUAAGUGCAAAUAGUUUAAGUUUUUGUUAAAAUAUCAGGUUCAUUGCUUACAGUAUUUUUCAUUUAUACACAUAUAAAUAGAGCUGUAAUUAAACUAUAAACCUAAUGUAGAUAGAUUUUGAUUAUACCUCAUCUCCCUUAGCUUUUACCUUAAACAUUAUCUGUCUUGUUAAAAUUUCAAUAUUUCUACUGAUAUGUUAAUCAGAUUAUGCAAGAAGAAAUUAAGUACUGAAGUGAGCAUGAAAUUAUUGCAGCUUACUUAUGUGUAGCUGGAAUAAGGCAAAGUUGAGCAAAAUACAUUGACGUGUUUAGUUCAGUAACGAGUUUGAAAGCUAUAAAUAUCCUCGAUAACAAAUAAGGACGCAUUCAGAACAAGUUGAUCUGCAGACUAACUGAUCCCCAGAUCAAGUAUGGCUCACCCAGUUGAAAACUUGCUGCAUAAUCCUAUAAUAGACACUUAAUAGAUUCCCCAUGGGGAUUAUGCAGUAAGCUUUGAAGUGGUUCAGGGGAUCUGUUAGUCCACGGAUCAACUUUUGGUUGUGAAUGCGGCCUUAGACACAGAAACCCUGUUUUAAACCACUGACCUUAAUUGAUACUGUACCAAGGUCAUAAGAUAUGAAGACCUGGAUAAUGUGACCUACAUACUGAAUCUAGGUCAUUGAUUAAGCUGAGCGUAUUCAAUAGUGCCAAGUGUCUGUGUAGUAUACAUAUGUACUGGUAGAAGUUCUCUAAACAAGCAGUGAAAGUCUUUGCCUUCCUCAACAUUGAGCAAUUAAGCAAUUAGCUUGAUUUUGGGUAACACUUUGCUUUUGACAAAAUUUGUAUUUUAGGGCUUUUUCUCUUUUACUGUAUAAAUAAUCAUAUUAUAUCUUAAAUAAAGAUAUCUGUCUUCUCAUACAAAAAAAUAUUAUUUUAGUUAAAGGAAUGAAUCGAUGAUUCAUUCAGGCCAGAUUAUUAAUUGAGUCUGUUGCAAAUUGGUAUAUUUAUAUGAACUUGUGCUUUAUCUUGAUGGGUGACGCGAGGGAAGUUUGUCACCUCUAAUUGCUCUACAGGUGAGAUACAGCAACUAAACAAUCAAUAUCAGGAUUUUUUCCCUUUUUUUUGGGGGGGGAGGUAUCAUUAUUGGUUUCUAGCAUAAGUUUUUAACCAGGUAAAAAUCUUUCAAAUCUGAGAGCUCAGGAACCAAACUUCUUCUAGACAAAUGUCCCACAGAAGACAAAAAAAAA